GCCGCCUCCCUCCUCGCGUCUGCGCACGCGGCGGCCAACAAAGCCGCCAACAAGGCGCUCGAGCAUGCCAUGCCCACUCCCAGCUUCUCCAUCGCCGACUUGGUCGACGAGGUCAGAUCCCUCCGCGAGCAGAAGGCCGCGCUCGAAGGCGAAAAGUCUCUGCUCGAGUCGCACGUCGGCUUGCUGUCGCAGCAGCUAAUGCUUCCGCCGGGCGAGCGAACCGUGACCGAGGCGCCCGACACCGGUGCGUCAAAGCCGCCAAAGUCACCGGAUGCCGAGAGCGCAGAGCCGUCGGACGAGAGCAGCGUCGAGCAGCUCUCGGCUGUGCGCGCCGCCCUCGACGCUGAGGCAGACGCGGGCAUCGCGGCGACUCUCGCGCUGGGCUCAGAGAUUCGCGCCGCCGAGGCGGACGCCGAGGCCUCGCGCCGCCGCGUCGCGAGCGCCGAGGAGGAGCUGCGGCGCAGCGUCGAAGAGCUUGAGGCGGAGCUCGAGCGGCUCGCGGCGCGUGAGCGGCGCGCCGUCGCUUCAGCGGUGAGCGCGGAACGCAGGCGCGCGGCGCAGGCGACGGCCAGUCUCGAGGAGGCGCUCGGCGCGGCGCAGGACGCGCUGGCUCGGCGCGAGGAGGCACUAGAUCUCGACGGCGGAGGCGGGUAUGGAGGCGGGUACGGCGGAGGCGGCGGCGUGGACCAGGAGCGUCAGCUACGCGCCGAGUGGAUGGCAAAGUGCGAGCACCACCGCGCGCGCAGCACCGCGCUGCAGGAGGAGGUGGCGGCACUACGGGCUGCGCACGAUGACGAGCUGCGGCGAGAGCGAUCGCGCGCCGAGGGCGCUGAAGGGAGGCUUGCGCAGGCGGAGGCGGCGGCGCGGGCGGCGGGAGCGACACGCGCGCAGGCGGAGCGGCAGGCUGCGCAGCUGUCGUUGGAUUUCAACGCGCAAGUGCACGAGCUCGCCCUGCUGCGGCAGCGCGCCGAGAGGGCGGAGCAGCAACUGUCGCGCCACACGGUGGAGAAGUGCACCGCACGGCAGUGGAUCGUCAACUUCGUUGAGAACGAGGCGGCGAGGCCGGAGCUGCUCCGGCUGAUGGCGACGUGGUGGGAAUUUAGCGAGGAGGACUUGGUCCGGGUCGGCUUGCGAGCCGAAGCGCUGCCGCCGUCGCCUUUCCGACGUCCCUCUGACGGCUCGCUGCUCGAUGCAUUCGAGAGCUUCCUGACUCGGGAGUCUGGCGUGGAAUAGAACUAGACGUUACCUCCCGCCACACCUCUUAAAAGAUCGCCUGAACUACUG